GCCAUUUUGAAUUAGGCCAAAGGUCACACAGCAGACGACGGUCAGGUCAGCAAAAUGUCUGGCUCCGACGUGGAGACGAAACUAGAAGCUGUGUUCUCCUUGUAUCAGAAGCAUGGACAGUCCGACUACAUCGGCGAGGACGUGUCUCAAACACAGCACAUGGUGCAGUGUGCCAUGCUGGCAGAACAGGAGGGGUUCCCGCCGGAGGUGAUCCUGGGUGCCCUCUUGCAUGACAUCGGGCACUUGGUUGGCAUGGAGAGGAACCUGGAGAGGAUGGGACAGUUGGGUGUCCAACAUCAUGAGAGAAUUGGGCAGACCUUCCUGAAGGAGCUGGGUUUUCCUGCUGCUGUCACAGACUUUGUUAGAGGCCAUGUCAAUGCCAAACGCUACCGUGUGUACAAGGAGCCUACGUACUAUGACCAACUGUCCAGUGCCAGUAAGGGGACCCUGGUGCACCAGGGAGGCCCCAUGACAGGACAGGAGGCUGCAGAGUUUGAGAAGUCGCCACAGUUCCAGGCCAUGUUACGGAUGAGGGGCUGGGACGAGGCAGCAAAGGACCCUUCUGUUCAAAUUAAACCCUUGGAGUAUUACCAAGAGUUGUGUAGGGAAUACCUGCUAAAUUUGUAAGAAAAUAUACUUAAGACAAUCAAAAUUGGAACUCAAAGGACACAUUGCUUGAGUGCUUGACAAUGUGGCAUUUUAGAUAGGUAAAGCCAUUGUCAGAUGUUUAUAGAUAGAAAUGCAACAUGAUAAAUCAGUGGCUGAAUAAUUUAUUGUGUUACAGACCAUUAUUUGAUGUUACAGAAAAGACAUGCAAAUCAACU